AUGCCGCGCAGAGAAGCCAUCGAUAUCUCAGAUGUACCGCCGACGCCCAUCACACAUCUCUCCGAGACGGAGACACUCAUGGGCGACUCCGUAUCCAAGUUUGCAAACGAGGUCAUCCUGCCCAAGGCACGAGAAAUGGACGAGGCCGAAGCAAUGGACCCAGCUAUAGUAGAGCAACUCUUCGAGCAAGGCCUCAUGGGUAUUGAGAUACCCGAAGAGUACGGCGGUUCAGGCAUGAACUUCACCUCUGCCAUCAUCGCGAUUGAAGAGCUGGCAAGAGUAGACCCCAGCGUCAGCGUGCUAUGCGACGUGCACAACACACUCGUCAACACAGCCAUCCUCAAGUGGGGGUCCGAGAAGCUCAAGAAGGAGUGGCUGCCCAAGUUGGCAACCAACACAGUCGGAUCCUUUUGUCUGUCCGAGCCCGUGUCCGGCUCCGACGCCUUCGCCCUCGCGACAAAAGCCACACGCACAGACACUGGGUACAAGAUCAGCGGCAGCAAGAUGUGGAUCACGAACAGUGUCGAGGCAAACUUCUUCAUAGUGUUUGCCAAUCUCGACCCCAGCAAGAAGUACAAAGGCAUCACUGCGUUCAUCGUGGAAAAGGGAACACCCGGGUUUGCGAUUGCGAAGAAGGAAAAGAAACUAGGCAUCAAGGCUAGUAGCACUUGCGUCAUCACGUUUGACGAUGUCGAGAUCCCGAGGGAGAACCUUCUGGGCAACGAGUUUGAGGGUUACAAGUACGCGAUUGGACUGCUGAACGAGGGGCGCAUUGGUAUCGCUGCUCAAAUGACUGGUCUAGCUCUGGGAGCAUGGGAGAAUGCCGCUAGCUACGCCUGGAACGACCGCAAACAAUUCGGCACCCUAAUCGGCGAAUUCCAAGCCAUGCAACACCAACUCGCCCAAGCCUGGACGGAAAUCCAAGCCGCCCGCGCCCUCGUCUACAACGCGGCACGCAAAAAAGAAGCCGGCGAGGACUUCAUCACCGACGCGGCCAUGGCCAAGCUCAUGGCCUCGCAGGUGGCGGGCAGGGUGUCGGGCCAGGCGAUUGAGUGGAUGGGUGGCAUGGGGUUUGUACGCGAGGGGCUGGCGGAAAAGUACUUUAGGGAUAGUAAGAUUGGCGCGAUUUAUGAGGGCACGAGUAAUAUUCAGCUCACGACGAUUGGGAAGGCGUUGCAGAAGAGGUAUACGAAGUAG